AAGCUAGGAACGCCUCUGGGCGGUCGCGAAGAUGGCGUCGUCCGCCCCGGCUCGGCCUGCGGCCGGGAAGCGGGUAGUGAGUCAGGACGAGCUGCGGCGGCUGAUGAAGGAGAAGCAGCGCCUGAGCUCCAACAGGAAACGCGUAGAGUCUCCAUUCGCCAAGUACAACCGUUUGGGGCAGCUGAGCUGUGCCCUGUGCAACACCCCGGUGAAGAGCGAGCUCCUGUGGCAGACUCACGUCCUGGGAAAGCUGCACCGAGAGAAAGUGGCCGAGCUGAAAGGCGCGAAGGAGGCGAGCCAGGGGCCGUCCGCCAGCGCGGCGCCUCAGCCCGCCAAGAGGAAGGCGCCCGAGGCAGAGAGCCAGGAGACUAAAAGGGCGAAGUCCUCGCAGGUGGCCCAGGCGCAGCCCUCCACGUCCUCCUUGCUCACCAACGCUGACCACGCAGGAAAGGAGCCCGCCAGAACGACCCUCGGUAAGACAUCGGGACUUGGUUUACUCCCUGAUUAUGAAGAUGAGGAGGAGGAGGAGGAGGCAGGAGGAGGACAAGAGGGGGACACCAGCAAGCAGCCGCCUGACGUGCAGGGCAAGGAACACUCACUUUCCUCCUCGCGCGAGGCAACAAGUAGUAUGCUCCCGAGCGACUUCUCCAAUACAAAUCCCCCCAAGGCUCCUCUAGUUCCGCACUCAGGGUCCAUUGAGAAAGCAGAAAUACAUGAAAAAGUGGUGGAAAGGAAAGAGAACACUGCAGAAGCAUUACCAGAAGGCUUUUUUGACGACCCUGAGAUCGAUGCGAGGGUACGAAAGGUUGACGCCCCAAAGGACCAGAUGGACAAAGAGUGGGACGAGUUUCAGAAAGCCAUGCGGCAGGUCAACACCAUUUCCGAAGCCAUAGUCGCCGAGGAGGACGAGGAGGGACGGCUGGACCGGCAGAUUGGGGAGAUCGACGAGCAGAUCGAGUGCUACCGUCGGGUGGAGAAGCUGCGGAAUCGCCAGGACGAAUUAAAAAGUAAGCUCAAAGAGGUCCUGGCCAUCAAAGAACUGCAGAAAAAGGAAGAGGAGAACGUCGACAGCGACGAUGAGGGAGAACUACAGGAUUUGCUGUCUCAGGAUUGGAGGGUGAAAGGGGCCUUGUUAUAGGUUUGCAAGGACUCGGUGUUUCCGACACCCUCGCGAUUAUAUGAAAAGUGCGCUCUCCCCCUAUGACGUCGGUUACUCCAUACCUGGACCAGGUUGUUGUGGUACAAAUGUGAGCCUGUGAAAAUAGCACUUUGGAAAAUUGGUUUAAAGUAUUUUUGAGGUAAAGUUGUUUAAGAAUUUUUUAAAUAUUAAAAUGCCAACUUUUUCAUAUA